AUGAGACCUGGCGCUGGCCAAAAAGCGUUAUUUGCGGCUAGCACGCACCUGGCCGACGCGGGGCGGCCAAAGUCGAAAACGAGGACUGCCAACGAGCUGCAGGGCGGCUUUGCUUGGGGCUCCCAACGCGGCCAAAGGAUAUCCACCUCGAGAACCUCGAGAGAGGGGCUCUCACAGUCUGGAUUCGAGGAGACGUUGCGGGCGAGGGAGGCGGACAGGCGAGCAGCAAAGGAGGCGCAGCUUGCGGAGCAGCGGGCGGCGGCAGCUGCUCGCAACGCGGCUAAAGCGGAGGCAGAGCGGCGGGAGAAGGAGGCUGCGGACAGGAGGGCGGAGGAGGAGAAGGCGAGGUGGCGUGCAAAGGCGGCGGAGGCAUCGGCUGCCAAGAAGGCGGCCAAGCAGAAGAACAAUAAGGCCAAGAAGGGGCCGUCCGCCUUCAAGCUCGAGGAGGAGCGGAGGGCGCGGGCUGCAGCAGAGGUUCGCGCACAGGAGGAGAGGGCGGCGCAGCUGGCUGCUGAGCAGGAGUCGGCGAGGCGAGCAGAGCGCGAGGCGGCAGAGCUAGCGGGUGCGGCAGAGCGGGCGGCGCUGCGCGAGGAUGCGGAGCUAGCAGAGGCGCUGCGCCGGUCAGAGGUGGAUGCAGAGGAGGCGCUGGCGCGUCGGGUGUCGCGGUGCGAAGAGGCGGUGAGCAGCGAGUCGACCGGCGGCGGCGGGGAUUUGCUGCAGCGUGUCGAGCGGCUGGAGGCGAGCCUCGGCGCGGCGACCGAGGGCAGCCUCGAGGAGCGGGUCGGCGCCAUCGAGCGCUUGAUCGAGCCAGAGGCGGGAGAGGCGGCGGAGCAGCAUCUGCCAGUCACCGAGCCGCUUGCUGCCGUCUCACUAGCGGACGCCGGCCUCGACACGGGGCGGCCGGCUGCCCCAGAGUCCACGAUGGGGGGAGAGACCACGUGUAUCGUGUGUUUCGCGAGAGUCAAGUCGCAUGCGGCGGUUCCGUGCGGGCACUUGUGUGCUUGCGGGCCAUGCUCUGAGCUGAUGCGAGAGUGCCCUUACUGCCGCGAGCCAGUGAUGAUGUGGAUGGUUCCGCGUCCGGUCUAG